AUGUCCCGCAGCUCCAUCCCCCUGUACCUGCUGGUGCCGCUCAUGUCCCUGCUGCUGCUCUCUAGUCUGUGCUCGAGUCAUGAAGGCCUGGCCCCGGGGUGCCACCUUUACCCAUUCAACGUGACCAUCCACAGUGACCGGCGCAGUACGUGUCGGGGAACCCACCUGGUGUACGCCUGUGUGGGCUACUGCGAGUCCAGCGCCUUCCCUUCCAGGUACUCUGUGCUCGUGGCCUCCAACUUCACCCACAACAUCACGUCUGCGUCCCGCUGCUGCACCAUCAGCAAGGAGGCUAAGGUGAAGGUUCGUCUGGACUGCCCGCGAGGCAGACACCAUGAUGAGAUUGAGAUCCUGACUGCCCGAGCCUGUCGCUGUGACAUGUGCCGCAAGUCCCGCUACUAA